GAGGGCGGGCGGGGGGGGCCGGCAGAUGAAGAUGGCAAUGUCUGUGAUCCAAGCGUGCCGCAGCCUGGCGCUCUCAACAUGGCUGCUGUCCUUUUGUUUCGUGCAUCUGCUGUGCCUGGACUUCACCGUGGCCGAGAAGGAGGAGUGGUACACGGCCUUCGUCAACAUCACCUACGCCGACCCGGCAGCCGGCAGCGCCGAGCUCCGCAGCGAGAAGAGCGAGUGCGGGCGCUACGGCGAGCAGUCGCCCAAGCAGGACGCCCGCGGGCAGGUGGCCCUCUCCGCCUCGCCCGCCGACCGCUACGCCUGCGACCCCGGCACCCGCUUCAACGCCCCGGCGCCGGGCAAGAGCUGGGUGGCCCUGAUCCCGCGGGGAAACUGCACCUACAAGGACAAGAUCCGCCACGCCGCCGCCCAGAACGCCUCCGCCGUCGUCAUUUAUAACGUGGGCUCCAGCAACGCCAACGAAACCAUCACCAUGCCCCACGCAGGCUUAGAAGAUGUUGUAGCAAUAAUGAUUCCUGAACCCAAAGGAAAAGAGAUAGUGAGCCUCCUGGAGAGGAACAUUACUGUGAUGAUGUACAUAACCAUCGGGACUCGCAACCUGCAGAAGUACGUCAGCCGGACCUCGGUGGUGUUCGUCUCCAUCUCCUUCAUUGUGCUGAUGAUCAUCUCCUUAGCAUGGCUGGUCUUCUACUACAUCCAGAGAUUCCGCUACGCAAAUGCCAGAGACAGAAAUCAGCGCCGGCUUGGAGAUGCUGCGAAGAAAGCAAUCAGCAAGCUGCAAGUCAGGACGAUCAGGAAAGGUGACAAGGAGACUGAGCCAGACUUUGAUAACUGUGCUGUUUGUAUUGAAGGCUACAAGCCCAAUGAUGUUGUCAGGAUAUUGCCUUGCAGGCAUCUUUUCCACAAGUCCUGUGUAGACCCCUGGCUGCUAGACCAUCGUACCUGCCCGAUGUGUAAAAUGAAUAUUCUAAAAGCUCUAGGGAUUCCGCCAAAUGCAGAUUGCAUGGAUGAUAUACCUCCAGACUUGGAAGCAUCCAUAGGAGGACCGCCGACGAACCAGAUCACAGGAGCCAGUGACAUUACCGUGAAUGAAAGCUCUGUGGCCCUGGAUCCCCCAGCCCGGACCGUGGGAGCGCUGCAAGUCAUCCAGGACGUAGACUCCUUUCCUCAGGCUGGCGAGAGUAACUUCACAACAAGCAAUGAACAGGAGCCAGCAGUCAGCAGCGAUUCAGAUAUUUCAUUGAUUAUGGCAAUGGAGGUUGGACUCUCCGAUGUGGAGCUUUCCACUGAUCAAGACUGCGAAGAGGUGAAAUCUUGAAAAACAGAGAUCCAACACUAAACUACAGGGGAGGGUCACGGGUAGGGACUGAGUCAGUUUUCUAGGAUUUGGACCAGUCAUGCAUAUGCCUCCAGAGCACUGUCACUCCUGCACACUCCAUGCUGAGAUGGUCAUGAAAAGCAAUAGCAGCUGUUGUGUCUGCCUGGAUGCGGUUUCCUCAUCUGCACACCUUUGUUUGGUUCACAUGGGAGGUGGAGACACUUCCAGUUUACCCACGUGCUUGAGAGCAGUCAUGGAACUCUCCAGGGGCUCAUAAACAUGCAACUGAAAUGACAGCUUGAGUGUUUUUUACACUUGUUCAAUCAAAUUUUUGUUGUGUUUUUUUGAAAAGGCAUAUGUUUAUUUUGUUUGUUUGUUUAUAGUUUGUUAUCAAUGGACACUUUGUUUUUAUUGACUGAUCCCAGCUUUUUCAAGAGUUCAGUCCAGAAACCUGAAUUCCCAUUCAUUGGUCACUUCAUGAUCUGACCAAGAUUUAUCAUUGCCUUGUUGUUUCUGCAUGAAUUACAUGUGGCUGGCUUCAGAAGGAUCAUGCACCAGCACCCUGCAUUAAUGUAACACCUGCCUUCAUCAAGUGGCAGGCUUGGAAAUGGUAUAUUCUGAAGGCUUUUAUUUGUAAGAGAGCUCUGAAUUAGCAGAAAUUUGGGUUAAAAUGGCAUUAGUUUGUCUCUUAAAGUUCUGUUCUAGACAAGUAUUGUACUGUGUGAAGGAGAGAAAGAAGAGCUUAAAGCAUCAUUCUAUCCAUGUAGUCCUGUCCUGCAUUUUAUGCUACUCACAGGUGUCAGUACAUUCGUGUCCUUCCUCCAAGUAACAAUUCAGUAGCUGGAAAAAAAGAUCUAGUAUAACAUCACUUCUGAAUUUUACAGACCAAAACCAGAUCAGUGGGCUAAAGGAGCAUCUGAGAGGUUUCCAGAGGCUGCUUAUUAACAUUUCUGCAAUAAGCAGGUGACAGUAUUCUCACAAAGGGUCUGGAGAUGCUGCUGUCAGUGUCAUAAAAUUGCUAAGGGAGCAAGAGGCAACCAUUUGAAAUGUUUAAUUCCUGGUUUGCUUUGGGUCUUUUCUCUUAAUGUGUUUCAUUUCUUACAUUUUGACAGCAGUUUUUGUCUGCUUGUUAUCUAAAAAGAGUUCAGGUAGUUUGUUGCCCUCCAGAGUCCCUGUCAAUGUUUUCAGAAGCAUAACAGAAUAUUUGCAAUUUGUGUACAGCUACAUACACCAAAAGAUAUUGGGGAGGGAAUUUGAAAAUAAAAGAACUAAUAUAAAUCAAAACACCUAAAUAAUAAUGAACUGACAUAAUAAUUUAUUUAAUCCUGAGCUCUGCUUUCCAGGUAAGAGCUCAUUGUUAAUUGUUCCGUGUGUAAUUUGGUUUUUCAGUGAAAAUACUCAAAUGUGAAGAAGCUUACUGUUACACAAGAAUACAUAGUUUCUGCUGAGAGUCAGAUGAUUUGAAUCACAUUACUGCCUCCUGAGUCAGUCCUCAGAACCAACAAUUCAUUUUACAUUGAGAUUUCGUGCAGAGGUCAAACAUUUUGACUUGGCAGUGUCAUGGCAGCAUCUCAAAAUGCAACUGUUGGGGCUCACUGCAUUUAAUCUCCUUGUGGAUUUACUUGUUAAAUGUGAAAACCAGCUUCCAGCCAAAAUUUUUGUUUGUCAGAUUUUAUUCAGGAACAAAUGUGUUUAUCCCUAAAAUUUUGGCUGACUUGCUUCUUCAUUAUAAAAAGAAGGAAAAAUAUUCUCCAUGCUCUUCUGUCCAUUUAGAACUAAUUGAGCAUUUUGUUUAAUUUUGUUUUAUGUUCUUUGUCCCUAAAUUGCAGGGUAAUCUUGACGUAAAGAUUUUAAACUGAAAGAGGGCAGAUUUAGAUUAGAUAUUAGAAAUAAAUUAUUACUGUGAGGGUGGUGAGGCACUGGAAGGGGUUGCCCAGAGAAGCUGUGGAUGCCCUAUCCCUGGAAGUGUUCAAGGCCAGGUUGGAUGGAGCUCUGAGCUACUUGGUCUAGGGAAAGAUGUCCCUGCCUGUUGCAGUUUGUUUUGGGAGGGGGCACCCCAGGGUGUCCCCAGAGGGCCCCCUAGGCUGUGAGUUCACUGGCAGCAGCAGGCAGGCAAGGAGACUCCUCACGGCUUCUUGGGGUGCUGAUUAGAUGGGGGUUUAUUGGGGGUCCCAUCCCCAGGAGCAACAUGGUUACUGAGGGGGAAGGGGAAAGGGGGAGAGAGGGGGAGCCUAGGGGAGAGAAGAAGCCAAAAGUGAGUCUGGCCUGCCUCGCACAGCUUAACUGGGAGAUUCAAAGUGGGCACGGAAUGAGACUUGGGCCAAUGGGAUUACAGAUACAGGAUGGUUCAGGGGAGGAACACAGGCUUGGAAUAAACCGUACAUUUUGGAGGGGUGAGACAGAGCAUACCAUUUAAAUAAAAUGCAACACCACACCUGGCCAUGUCACCGGGUUUGGAACUAGAUGAUCUUUCCAACCCAAGCUAUUCUGUGAUUCUGUGAAAAUGACCCAUAAAUAUGCUGUUACAUCUUUAGAAGCUGUUGGAAUGAAAAUCUUUUUUCAAUUGAAGAGAUAGAGGCAGCUGGAAUUAUUGGUUAAAAAAGAAAGUUACAGAUUGUUCCAGAGGGUACACUAGGUUACUCUUGACAAUAUUUGUGGUUCUUUAAUCUUGUUUUCUUCAUUCUUUUAUGCCUUCUCUAUUCCUUGCUGCUGUGGAAAAGACCUGACACAUCAAUGUUGAAAUUGAUCCCUACACACGAGAGUUUGCACAAGGUACUGCAUCAGCUCCACUUAAGCUCUGUAAAUAAUGCUGAAAUCAGAUUUAAGUGGUACUUACAUCAAAUUUGGACCCAGGAAUGAAAUUAAUUUCAAAUGUCUGCAGGGAAGGAGUGAGGCUGGUUAUAUACAGUUGGGCUCCUUACAGAAAGUCCACACACUGGUACAAUUUCUUCUGCAGCACUGGAGCCUGGGUGGUACAUGUCACAGGACAAACGUGAUGUCCAAGUUGUCAGUGAUCCUUUCACAUAUGCACACUGCAGCUCAGCACACAGGCAGAGAACUCCUAGCCAAACUGCUUGGGUUUCAGAGGAGCUGUCACAAAGUCUUAAUUUUAUUUCAUGAACUGAAUUAAGUUGAUCUCAAUUGAUAGAUUGACCAAUUAGCUGUUGCUGCAGCAGAACCACCCAGGGCACAGCAGAGCAAGCAAGAUCUGUCGAAAAGCAAGGCAGGAGGGAAAACUCCCAGCUGAUACUGAGCUGGGUCCUUUGCCCAGGAAAAUCAUUAAAGGGCCCUGUGCUCAAAAAUGCAUGGCAGGUUUGGUAAUGCAGACCCUGCAUGUAUUUCUGAGAGUUAAUGAGGAACUUUGUAGAGGUCAUCUGCUGUGCACACACUUUUCCUAAAUAUCCCAUGUUAGAUCUGGUCCCUCGGGGUCCACAGGUGGCCACUAGCAGAGUAGGGUGCCAGGCUGGGUGAGUGUUUUUGACAUAUCACCAAUUAGUGAUAUGCCUUUUAGAAGAGGCAUCCUAGCAAAUCUGGGUCAGGAGUCUUUCUGCUUUUGUUUUCCCAGUUCUACCUGCAGCUGCACUCAGGGAAGAUGUUGUUCCAUUCCUGUCCUCAGGUGUUCUGCAUCUCUGAGCACUGUUAAGUGAUGAUAAGGGCAAGGCUGGGUUACACAUCACUGAAGCCUGUACUUAGGAAAGCACUUAAGUAAAUGUUUUAUUCCGUCCUUCUUAAAAAAAAAAACAUUAAUUUUGGACUUGCACAAAAAUUGCAUUAUUUUCAACAGGUCUUCUAUGAGCAUACUUAAGCCCCUGUGUCAAAAAGAAAGCAAGUGUUCAUGGAUAUAGUGAUGCAGGCUGGAACCAUGGCUGAGUGGAGGGCCUCUCCUGCACAGGGGCAGUGGCCAGGAGAUUGUGUGGGCUCCCAGGUGAAGGCACUCCUGUCAUUAAUUCCUGUGCUUCUCCCAGCAAUUCCUGUCUUGUCAUCUGAAGCACUUUUCUUGAGCAAGUGGUAGGUGGGAGAAACAUUUGCCUUAGUGAGGCUCAUCGUCACUCAGGCUGGGUUGCAGGAUAAAACCUGGUGAGACAGAAACUGCACUCAGAGUGUACCUGGAUUUUCUUGGGUUUCACUACGCUGCCUUCCCAAAGGUCUGUUCAACAGGUAGGAGGCAUAGGCAGAAUUUUGCACUCACAAAUGACCUGAUGUGUGCAUGUAGAUGUGCAAGGCAUCAGGUCUACAUCCCCUCCCCACAGCUCACCUAUUCUGGUGGGGAUACAGAUGUGGCACUUACUGAGGGUUUGAGGUUUUUUAUUUUCUGACUGCUUUAGAGCCCCAGAAGCAGGAUCAGGACUAUCAUAGCACUGCAGUUCAUUCUUUAAGCACUCUAUAGAAUUAAACUGACAUGUAUGCUUUAAAAGCGUAUUGAUGGAAAAGUAUGGAAACUGUACUGUUGUGAAAUCAGAAGCAGUUGUCAUUUUUAGGCCUUUUAUUUGAGGGAAAUUGUGGCACAAGGAAAAAGGCUUUAUAAGGCAAUUUGGAAAAAGAAAUUAUUGAAAUCACAUAUUAUAAGUGGUCCCUUGGAUUUCACUAAUGACCUCUGGAUUAAAUCCCAAAGAAGUAAUUGGAAGAAGGGCACUGAUGUUGGGGUGCAUCCAUUUCACAACACUAAAAUGGCAGAAAAAUCCAGACUCUUCUUUCCCAGCCUGUCUCACAAGAGUUUGUACAAGGGUGAGCCUUUGUUGCAGGGGAAGGAGAUCAUGGGAUCAAACUUGCACAGUGCUGCUUCCUCUCCUGUGCUUUGUGCUGCCAGUAUCUCUUGGAGCAGGUUGGAGAGGGGAAGGGACCUUGCCCAAGUUCAGCUCCAGGGCUUGGUGAAAAGCAGGCCAUGGGCUUCCAGCAGGUUGGGGACAGCCAAGCUUCUUCAUGGCUACUGGUGACCCUGGGACUGGAACUUUGCUGGUGAACACUGAGCCCAUGCAGACUCAUUUGUUUUGUAGAUGCAAAACGUGUGAGUGUAUUUGGUGCAGGCAGCAUGACAGCAGCGAAUCAGCUUGGUUAGCAUGAGCAGGAAACACAACGUGGAGUAGUUUGGGGCUGAGGGAAAGUGAGGCUGGAGGUGUUCACAGCUCCUUAAAUAGGGGAAGCUUUCACAGGCUUCUUAAAUAGGGGAAAUUGAUCUAAAAUAAGCACUGCUGUCAUUUUACCAACCUGUUACCUGAACUAAUUGAUAGUUUCAGAGAAUGAGGAAUGCCAGAUGGACUGUUCAGGGAGGAUUUGUUUGUGAAACAGAUGGCAGCUGCAGGCUGGGACAGAGGGCAAGGGUGAGGGCUGCCCCUCUGCCGUGCCACUUACCCCGCUGGGCUGGACGCUCACUUGGCCCCUUUAUCUGCCCAUUUCUUUUUCAAGGAAACACCCUUCUAAGAAGGAGCUCUAUUUCAAAGGGAGAAAUAAAGAAAUUAAAGAUGUGGAUUUUGAAUGAAAAGCCAAUGUAUGUUUUUUCCAUCUGAAAUUAAUCUUUCUCUCUCCAACAUUUUAAUUGCGAAUUGGUGGAAGUUAUUUCUUUCUGUAGUCAAUGGCAAAAGAAAUGAGAGAAAAAAAAAGGAGUAAUAGUGUUUUCCCUUUCUUGUGUAUUUCUUGGUUCUUUAUCCAGAGUAGCAUUAAACACAAUAGCCAGAUCAAGAUGCUUGUUUGCUCUGAAUGUAUACAGUUAUUUCAGAUGUCAAAUAUCUAAAUGUUUUGUAUAUGUAUGUAAUGCCAUCCACAAUACUUGUUUCAUGGUAGGAACCUGAAAUGAUUGUACCAUUUUAUAAUCAGAUAUGUAAAGAGGGGACAGUGGGUGGGUCUGUUAUUUUUAUACCAAGAUGUUCCUUGUCUUUAGUGAACAUUUAAAAUGGUUUUGUACUUGUCAAAAUAUACAUUCCAUCCAUUUCCAGAAGAGAAUUAUUUCUAUUUAGAGUAGUUUAUAAGCAAACCAAAAAAAAAAGGUGGCAUCCCACUUAUAUGCAGUUCCUGAACAAAGCAGCAGUAUCCUGGUUUUCAGUGAUAGCUACAAAGCUAGCCAUGUCUCUUCUCACGUGCAGCAGAGAUAUACCAGCAAAUGCCAGUGUUAUAAAGGGAAUUAAAAUCCCAAAUGAAAUAAAUACCACAUGGAUCAGUGCACAGCUUAACAAAAUAAGUUCAUUAAGUUCAGAGACAAUGGUCUGUCCUAGGGAAAUUCUCCAAAGUAGUCAGCCCUGCUCUGGACAGCAGGAGCAGAUUUACUGGGAGGCUUCAGCUCUGUGUCCUUGCCUGGCAGAGCCAGCAGCCUCAGCAAGCUGGGGAGAUGCAGGGCUGUUGCACUCCUGCACGGUGGCUCUGGCUAUGCUGCAGCUUUGGUUUGGGAAACACCUACCCAAAGGUCAUGGCAAAGUCAUACCGUGGCAUUUGCAUGGGCCAUCCUUUUUCCUGUAGUUGGCUUUUUCAUUCCCUCCCUUCACCCGCUACCUGUGAUGUGCUGCCAAAGCUGUGCAGUAGCAGUUUGUGAAGAUUUUUUUUUUGCCUUUUUCCCUUCUGUACAGUCUUGCAAAUAAACUUUUAACUCUUUGCUGACAUUCUAUAAUAUAUACAUCUUCCUCUCCAAUGCACUUUAUUUCUCUUGAAAAAUGUUGGAGUCGGAGAACUACCAUCUUAAAGGGAUUUGCCUGAAAUCAUGAGACACGUACUUUUUAUUAUUUUGUGUCCUUUUUGCUUUGUUCAAUACUGUAAAUGCUAAAGAGCAUAGACAGUGACUCAGCUGGGGGAAAUACCGAAAUGUUGAGGCUAACACUUGGAAGCAUUAAUCAGUAGUUCAACAUGGCUAUUUUUGUUAAAUAGAGGAUUAUAAUGUAAAUAUGUGAGACCGUGUUAUUACGUACUAGUAAAAUAUUGCAACUCUCAAAGUUGAGAUGGUGAAUUCCAAGGAAUUUUAUUGCAAGUUUUUUAAUAAAACAAAUCUGAUUAUUGUGUUAUAUGUAUUUUCUAA